GCACCAAUUCCUCUUUUGACGAUUGGGAGGGAGAUGGGAACGCCGAGGGGAUGGGAAUUGCAGAAGAAUGAGAGGUGUCUUUAAUCUUUUAUCUCCCCCUCCUGUUUUUCUCGCAUGGCUGCACCCAUUUUCUCGUCUUCAGCAACAGUGAGAGAUACAGUAUAGUAGCCACACCCUUCCAUCCCUACCACCCUGCCCAGAGACCCCUGAAAAGAUGUGAUUGGUCAGGAAGGCGUGUUGUCUAAUGACUGAUUGUGCCACAAUCCAAAGCUAAGCGGCCAACGGCAGCUUGAGGAGACAUGGGGGGGAUGGGUCUGCCCUAUUUCCAUCUUCCUGUUUACCUCUGAUUAUUUUAUCUAAGCUCAUAUAGUUCCCCCACCCCUUUUAUAGUGCUCUCUCUUUCUCUCUCUCCCUCACACAUACACUCACACCUUAAAUGUAGUUUCCCGGAGAGAGGGAGAAGGAGGAUGCUGCUUGCUACUGCUUGUCUAUUUAAACCUGACGUGGGAGGAGUUGAGCGUCACUGCUUCUCUCUGUUCUCCCUUUUCUCUCUCUACCUCCCUGCAUACUUCCAGAGCUGUGACAGUGGGUGUUACUCAUCUGCCCUUGGGCUUCAAAAUCACCUAAGAUCUGUUUCUUGAUUGCUAACAUCAUUCCUCCUUCGAUUUCUGCGUAUUGCUACUAAUAUUGAGGGACUGUUGCUAUGGCGCAUGCUGCAGCGAGCAUCAAAAAGGCCCGAGUGGAGAUGGAACAGGCUCCCGAUUUGAAAGCGUUGGAGAAAGCCCGUGAGAAAAGAAGGCGCUCGCGUGAAAGAGCCGAGCGCAGGUGUAAGUCGGACAGCAAUACCAGUUUCCUUCGAGCAGCAAGAGCAGGAAAUCUUGACAAGGUUCUGGAAUAUUUGAAGGGUGGAGUAGACAUCAGCACUUGUAAUCAGAAUGGACUCAAUGCUUUGCACUUGGCAGCAAAGGAAGGACAUGUGGACCUGGUCCAGGAGCUGCUGGACAGGGGGUCUUCAGUUGAUUCUGCAACCAAGAAAGGAAAUACAGCUCUCCACAUCGCUUCACUAGCAGGACAAGGAGAGGUUGUAAAGAUCCUUGUCAAGAGGGGAGCAGACAUUAAUUCACAAUCUCAGAAUGGAUUCACUCCCCUUUACAUGGCGUCUCAAGAAAACCAUUUAGAUGUGGUGCGCUACCUUUUGGAGAAUGGUGGAAACCAGAGCACUGCAACAGAGGAUGGCUUCACACCUCUAGCUAUUGCACUGCAACAAGGCCAUAAUCAGGUGGUGUCCAUCCUUUUAGAGAAUGACACAAAGGGCAAAGUACGUCUGCCUGCCUUGCACAUUGCAGCCCGCAAGGACGACACAAAAUCUGCUGCCCUGCUGCUCCAAAAUGACCACAAUGCUGAUGUGCAGUCUAAGAUGAUGGUCAAUAGGACAACUGAGAAUGGGAAGAGUGGAUUUACACCCCUGCAUAUCGCUGCUCACUAUGGAAAUGUAAAUGUUGCAACACUCCUCCUCAAUAGAGGGGCUGCUGUGGACUUCACUGCAAGGAAUGGGAUCACGCCACUACACGUUGCAUCUAAGAGGGGAAACACUAAUAUGGUUCAUCUGCUGUUGGACAGAGGGUCUCAGAUUGAUGCCAAAACAAGGGAUGGCCUCACACCUUUACACUGCGCAGCAAGAAGUGGCCAUGACACAGCAGUGGAGCUCUUAUUGGAGAGAGGAGCCCCCAUGCUGGCCAGAACCAAGAACGGUUUAUCUCCACUCCACAUGGCAGCGCAGGGUGACCAUGUGGAGUGUGUCAAACACCUGCUGCAGCACAAGGCACCUGUUGAUGAUGUCACACUGGACUACCUGACAGCCCUCCAUGUUGCCGCCCACUGUGGUCACUACAGAGUUACCAAACUUCUAUUAGACAAGAGAGCCAACCCGAAUGCCCGAGCAUUGAAUGGUUUCACUCCUCUGCACAUUGCCUGUAAGAAAAACAGAGUCAAAGUGAUGGAGCUCUUGAUCAAGUAUGGAGCAUUCAUUCAAGCUAUCACUGAGUCUGGUCUCACACCAAUCCAUGUUGCAGCCUUCAUGGGUCACCUCAACAUUGCUCUUUUACUACUGCAGAAUGGAGCCUCCCCUGAUGUCAGCAAUAUACGUGGAGAGACUGCUUUGCACAUGGCUGCCCGUGCUGGACAGAUGGAAGUUGUUCGCUGUCUUCUGAGAAAUGGAGCCAUGGUGGAUGCAAGAGCAAGGGAAGAUCAGACUCCACUUCACAUUGCAUCUCGUCUGGGUAAGACAGAGAUUGUCCAGCUCCUGCUACAACACAUGGCUCACCCAGAUGCAGCAACCAUUAAUGGUUACACCCCCCUUCAUAUCGCUGCACGUGAGGGGCAUCUGGACGUUACUUCAGUGCUGUUGGAGGCUGGCGCUUCUCACUCUUUAGCUACCAAGAAAGGGUUCACGCCUUUACACGUGGCAUCAAAAUACGGUAGCCUGGAUGUGGCAAAACUACUUCUACAGCGGCGGGCACCCCCUGACUGUGCUGGGAAGCAGAAUGGUCUUACUCCUCUACAUGUCGCUGCUCACUAUGAUAACCAGAAAGUGGCGCUCCUGCUUUUGGACAAAGGCGCAUCUCCCCAUGCCACAGCCAAGAAUGGAUACACUCCCCUUCAUAUAGCAGCAAAAAAGAAUCAAAUGGAAAUAGCUACAACACUCCUACAGUAUGGAGCUGAGACCAACAUCCAGACCAAACAGGGUGUGAUGCCGCUCCAUCUGGCUUCCCAAGAGGGACACAGUGAGAUGGCAGCUCUGCUUCUGCAAAGAGGAGCUAAUGUCAGUGCAACCACUAAGAGUGGACUUACAUCCCUUCAUCUUGCUGCCCAAGAAGAUAAAGUAGGUGCUGGUGAGAUUUUAGUUAAGCACGGUGCCAACAUUGACCAACAAACCAAAUUGGGAUACACACCUCUUAUUGUUGCCUGUCACUAUGGGAAUGCAAAGAUGGUUAAUUUUCUGUUGAAGAGUGGGGCAAGUGUCAAUGCUAAAACAAAGAAUGGUUACACACCUCUACACCAGGCUGCACAACAAGGCAACACACACAUCAUUAAUGUCUUACUCCAGCAUGGAGCCAAGCCCAAUGCCAUCACUGUGAAUGGAAACACCGCUCUUGCCAUCGCACGUCGCCUUGGUUACAUCUCUGUGGUUGACACUCUGAGGGUAGUCACAGAGGAAAUUAUAACUACAACAACAACAGUGACAGAGAAACACAAGCUUAAUGUGCCAGAGACCAUGACAGAAGUCCUUGAUGUGUCUGACGAAGAGGUUCCAAGACUUGUAGAUGAUGGGGCUAUGUCUGAUGACUCUAUUGAUUUUGAAGGUGAUGACACCAUGACAGGUGAUGGUGGAGAAUAUUUGAGAGCAGAGGAUUUGAGAGAGUUAGGAGACGACUCUCUACCUGGGCAGUACCUGGAUGGCAUGAACUACUUGCGCUUCAGUUUAGAAGGAGGCCGAUCAGACAGUCGCUUACAAAGUUUGGACAGGUCCUACACACCCACUCACCAAAGUUACUACCCCGCAAGACACUAUGGGAUGAUGGAGGAUAUGAUAUACAGCAACCAGGUGUCUUCACUUGCAAGAGAAAAUGAAAAGGACUCAUAUAGCUGGGAAACGGAAAACUUGGACAACAUAGCACUUUCCUCAAGUCCUGCUCAUUCCGGCCAUUGUUCUCCAUGUCAUGACCAUGACAAUAGCAGUUUUCUAGUCAGCUUCAUGGUGGAUGCCCGUGGAGGUGCCAUGCGUGGAUGCCGCCACAAUGGUCUACGGCUGAUCAUUCCACCACGGAAAUGCAGUGCCCCUACUCGAGUCACCUGUAGACUUGUGAAAAGGCACCGACUGGCCACCAUGCCCCCCAUGGUUGAGGGUGACGGUCUAGCUAGCAGGCUAAUUGAGGUUGGACCCUCUGGAGCUCAAUUCCUUGGUAAGCUCCACCUCCCUACUGCCCCACCCCCUCUGAAUGAGGGUGAGAGUUUGGUUAGCCGCAUUCUGCAACUGGGCCCACCAGGGACAAAAUUUCUGGGGCCGGUGAUUGUGGAGAUCCCUCACUUUGCGGCUCUAAGAGGAAAAGAGAGGGAGCUGGUGAUCUUACGCAGUGAAACGGGAGAGAGUUGGAAAGAGCAUCAUUGUGAGUACACAGAAGAAGAGCUCAACCAGAUCCUCAACGGCAUGGAUGAGGGGCUAGACCCACCAGAAGAGUUGGAGAAAAAGCGAAUCUGUCGCAUUAUCACUCGAGACUUUCCACAGUAUUUUGCUGUGGUGUCACGAAUUAAGCAAGACAGUAAUCUGAUUGGUCCAGAAGGUGGUAUUCUGAGUAGCACUGUGGUCCCUCAAGUACAGGCUGUCUUCCCAGAGGGAGCUCUCACUAAACGCAUCCGUGUUGGCCUACAGGCUCAACCAAUGAGUAUUGAUGUAGUGAGGAAGAAUUUGGGCAAUAAAGCCACAUUCAGCCCUAUAGUCACUCUGGAACCACGGAGGAGGAAAUUCCAUAAACCCAUAACCAUGACCAUCCCUGUCCCAAAGAGCUCCGCUGACCCAAUCCAUGGCGGCUUUGGAGGUGGAGAUGUUCCUACAUUACGUUUGCUAUGCAGCAUCACAGGUGGGACCACUCCUGCUCAGUGGGAGGAUAUCACUGGGACUACACCAUUAACAUUCACCAGUGACUGUGUGUCUUUCACGACAAAUGUGUCUGCCAGAUUCUGGCUUAUAGACUGCAGGCAGGUUCAGGAGUCGGUGAACUUCGCCACUCAGGUGUAUCGUGAGAUCAUCUGUGUACCUUACAUGGCCAAAUUCGUCAUCUUUGCCAAAACACAUGACCCUAUUGAGGCUCGAUUGCGCUGUUUCUGUAUGACUGAUGAUAAAAUGGACAAAACUUUGGAGCAGCAAGAGAACUUCACAGAAGUGGCACGUAGCCGAGAUGUGGAGGUAUUAGAAGGUAAACCAAUCUAUGUAGACUGUUUUGGAAACCUGGUUCCUCUAACAAAAAGUGGCCAGCAUCAUGUCUUCAGCUUCUAUGCCUUUAAAGAGAAUCGACUGGCUCUUUUUAUCAAAAUACGAGACAACGCUCAAGAGCCUUGUGGACGUUUGUCCUUCACAAAAGAACCAAGAUCUUACAGGACUUUGACUCAUAGUGCAAUAUGCAAUUUAAACAUCACCCUGCCAGUUUACUCAAAGGAAUCAGAUUCAGAACAAGAACCUGAUGAGGAGACAAGCCGGACACUUGAGAAAUAUGAUGAAGACACUGAAACAACUGAAACAUCAUUCCUGAAAACACAACUAAUCCGAGACUCCCCUGCCCUAGCAAGUCCAGAUUUACUCUCUGAAGUGUCAGAGAUGAAACAAGACCUUAUCAAAAUGACUGUUAUUCUGACUACUGAUUCCUCAGAGAAAGCAGGUCCCAUGCAAGGGGAUUAUUUAGAUAAGGGGGUGGAGGAGGUGUCAGCAGAGCCUUUUGAGAUAAUGGAAAAAGUCAAAGAGGAUUUGGAAAAAGUUAGUGAAAUUCUGAGAAGUGGAACAUGUGACAAGGAAGAGUCUGCAAAAACAGACAGCCACCCAUAUAGGAAGGAUGAGGGCUGGGUUCUACUAACAGAAAGUGAAAUCGAAGAGGCAAAAAUGAUGGCUGCAUUUGAAUCUCAAGAAUCACUUCUAAAGGAAGUUCGAGUCAACAGAGGAUCACAGAGACCAAAGGGUGCUAGGGACAGGCCUGGCAUAGAGACUGGUCCCAGUGGUGAAAUGAAGGAAUACUUAUUGGAUGUGUCUGAUACAUCUAAGCCUGAAUCCCAAGAGUCUCCAUCACAGCAAAGGUUCACUGAGGUUGUUCUGCGCAGAGGUGGUCGGAAAAUAGUCCCAACAGUGGCAAAAGACACUAAGGCCCAUACAACAGAUGUAAAAAAGCCAAUAAGAAGAAAAGGACCUCAAGGACACACAGAUGAAACCCACUCAUCUAGCACAAAAGAAAGUAUUGUUAGUAAAAGCACUGGGAAGUCUUCCGAAGGGCAUGCCUUUCUACCCGUCCCUGGAGAUCAGAAAAAGUCUCCUGUUUCACCAGUGGUUGAGGAGACACCAAUCGGUUCCAUCAAAGAGAAAGUUAAGGCUCUUCAAAAGAAAGUAGAGGAAGAACAAAAAGGUCAGAAAAAACAAACAGGCCAAAAACCUCCAUAUAAAGCAACAGAAUCCAAAGCAUCUUCUGUUGUGAAAGAUCAGAAAACAUCAGGCAUGAAAAAACAGACUUCUUCACCCCAGAAACAGUCUACUGCUAGGUCAACAGGCUCUGAGCCUGUGAGACUAGAAGAAACCAUGUCUGUAAGAGAACUAAUGAGAGCAUUUCAAACUGGCCAAGACCCCUCAAAAAGAAAGGCUGGGCUCUUUGAGCACACAGGUCCUUCCAAAACAGAAAACACUACAGUGAGUAAACCAGAGGCUAUCCUCACAAAGUCACAAUGUUUUGCCCAAGCACCCUCACAUGAAGACGUGUCUCUUGAUGUUUUAAAGCCUGAAGAUCACCAUGAAGAAAAAGAAGUCAAAAGUUGUCCACACAUAAAAAAAUCUGAAGACACUGAAAAAGAUACAGAAGCAAGUCAAAGGGGUCAUCAAUGUCCACAGGAAAAGAGUGGUAAGGCUGUGGUUUCUGGAAUAGUGUCAGCAGGUCCUUUUACUCACUCAAGCAUGGCAACAACAAUUCCUCAAAAUUCGUCAGAUCAGUGCAGAGAUCUUUUACCUGACAACGGUACAGAGAACAUUGCAUUUGAUGACAGCUCUGACAGCAUUAGACAUGCAGCAUUGGUUGACUCGCCCAAUGCAAGCCUUGCUGAAGUGGAAGCCCCAUUGAGUUCUGAGGAAAGUUACAAACAUGAGGGCAUGGCUGAGACUCCAGAAACAAGCCCUGAGAGCCUCUCAUUAUCACCGAAAAAAACAGCUCAGUCUAUACUUGCAAAGACCUCAAAAUCAGUAGCAGUCACUCCUAAAGUCAAGACAAGUAAAAUAUCUGUUUCCUUUUCUACUGAGAUGAAGACAACCAAUGAACAGGCAUCUGAAACUACAGUUCAUCCAGCAUUGAGCAAAGCAGUGGAUGAACCAACAAAAAGUGAGUCUGUGUCUAUUCCUCUUGGAAAUAGGGGGCUGAACUUUGAGGGUGAACAAACUUCUGUGGAUAAGGACAUUGUUUCUGUGUCAUCCAAACCAUCUAAAUCUCGAAAACUGACGAAAAGAACAUCUGAAACACUAGAGUGUUUUUUGAGCGAUGAGGAAUCCUUUGAUGGUCAAUUAAUACCUACCUCUGCUGACUCUCUGGCCUCAAGGGCAGCUACACAGGAUCAUGGUGGUUUAGUGCUACCGCUUAGACACCAAGAUUCAGAGAACCUUAGUCCAGUAGCUGAUGAUUCUUUUACUAUUAGCCACAAGGACUCUUUAGAGGAUAGUCCACUGAUGGAAGACGACUCUUCCCAUAAAACCCCAGACUCUAUUGAGCCUAGUCCAACAAAAGAAUCCCCAUGCCGUGACUCUUUAGAAAGCAGCCCCAUAGAGAUGAAAACCAACCUGGUUUUUCCCCCUACAGUAGAACAACCCAGUGUGACCACAGGGCCCCUGACAUCCUCCAAAGCCCCUGAAAUCCCCCCAGACAGUUUGCAUAGUAGAAUGCUCAAAGAACAGGAGGGUAAUGCUGACGAUGACGGUUGUGAGCAGACUUCCCUGAUGACAAGUUCGGGUAAGAGUCCUCUCUCACCUGACACACCAAGUUCUGAAGAGGUAAGUUAUGAGGUCAAUCCCAAAACCCCAGACCCCAUGGUCCUGAUUGUUCCCUUUAAGCCAUCAGUAAUUCCUGAGGAGACAGUAGAAGAUGCUGAGUUGAAGUUUGGCCUGACACAGAGGAAAAUUACUCCAGAGGAAGAGAUGUUUAAAAUGGCUGCCAAAAUAAAAACAUUUGAUGAAAUGGAGCAAGAUGAAAAAGACAAAAAGGACAAUAGAAAAGAUAGUGAAUCCUUUCAGACCUUGGUAGCGUCUGAUGCAAGAGAUGAAAGCUUCAAAUUGUUUGAACAUACAUCCAAAAAUGAAAGAUCCUCUGUGGAUGAUGUUGGGUUUAGUGAACUCAAACAAGCCUCAGAGAUAGCACGGUCUGUUGAACCGAUCAUUAAAGUACAACCUCCCUCUCCUUUUCCAGCAGGUAUUCAUAAGAGCCCACAAACAUCUGACGACAUUCAACAAACCGUGGCCCACAGUGCAGCUUCUUCAGCUGAUUCAGCAAUGAGGAGACCUCUGUCUGUCUCAGAAAAGCAUACCAUAAUGCCAAACCUUCAAGAAUGUCAUAGUGAGAAAUUUAAGGACAAAAAUUAUAUUGAUUCAGAGUUAGUACAGCUAAACAAAACUGCAUCUAAUAGCAAAAAUAUAACUGAUGAACAAAAAGAGCAAAGCUUAAAAAGAUCAAAAGGAAAUCAAGAAAUGUACAGUCAUGAACAGCAGGAGGCGGCAGAUAAUUAUCAAAAUAGUCAGGAAGAGUCUAAUGUAACAGAUGAGAUUAAAGGGGAUUACAUGAGGAAUCCAGGGACAUUUUAUGUUGAUAUUUGUAGUGACAGCUUAGACACUGAUACUAUUCCAAUUAUUAUUGGGGAAAAAAAAGAAACAUUUAAACCAGAAAUAUGUAUUUAUGAUGACACAGAGGAAGAUGAUGCUGAGCAGGAACCUCCUAAGACUGAAUCUAGAGGAGUUACAGCAAAAGCAGAGACAGACGCCUGGAAUUCAAUGCGAGAAGAUGAUGAUGCAUUUGCAGCAAGACUCAAAGAGGAAGAGCAAAAAAUCUUGGGUCUGGCUGUAGAUCGGCAUUCCCAAGGGGCGACUCCAGACACAACACCAGCAAGGACACCCACUGAGGAUGGUACACCAACAAGUGAACAGAAUCCUUUCCUUUUCCAGGAAGGAAAACUUUUUGAGAUGACAAGAAGUGGUGCAAUAGACAUGACAAAAAGGAGUUACGAGGAGGAAGGGUUUGCAUUUUACCAAAUAGAGCAACCCAUUGUAGAGGGCAUAGCAGAAGAUGAAGGUAAUGAACCUGUUAGAGCAUCAAAUGAUGCUGAGAAUGAGAUUGGUUGCAACCUGUCUUUGCAAAUAAAAGCAGAUGAGGAUGAAGACCUCCUUAAAGAGGCUAAAGAUUUAUUUGUACAUUCUCAUGCUGGGGAUGAUCUGGCUGCAGCUACAAAGUCAGAUAUUUCAAUGGCUAAAACCCCCAUUAAAUUGGAUGACUCUGCCUCAACCAAAAUCUUAGAGAAGGACCCAACAAUGUUAGAGGUUAAAUCAGACAAAUUUAUGAGUGAGGGACAUUUAGUAUCUGAUCCUGGUUCCUCUGACACUGUAAUAGUCAAUGUCCAAAAAGCAGUGUCAACAGUUUCUAGAUCAGCUCAUUCCCAACAAGAUCAGGAGUCCUCAGAUUCCUCACCAAAAGAUCCCCACUCAGUUAUAGAACAAACCAAAACCCCUGAAAAGACAGAAUCCCAAAGUAAAGCUGUCUCUAAAAGUUACACUGCAGCAUCUCAAUCAUCUAAGGCUAGAAAAGAUAUGUCCACCUCCAAAGAGGAAGAGGAACCAAAGUCCCGAAUCCCUGUUAAGGCAAGCUCCGUCAGGUCUGAAUGUGUUGAACCUGCUAAGGGCAAGAAGUCAAAGUUGCCCAUAAAACCUCAAUCAAGGCGAAAAUCUGAGACGGACACAAGCCCAUUCUUAACCUCCAGUUUAACAAAGUCUUCCAAAGCCAAGAGCUUCUGUGAAAGUGAUUCCACCAAGAAACCAGCCAAAAAGGACCAGAAUCGUCCAACAAGCACUCACCUAUCCAGCACAACUAAGACUCUUCCAUCAAGAUUACCAGUCAGGGGAAAGCCUGGUCAGCCAGUUCAAACUUCCACACCAGCAAAACAAAAAAAGUGUCAGCCAAGGGACACAAACAAACAGUCCAUUGCGUUUUUUGAAGAGAUUAGUCAAGAAGCAGCUAAGGUAGUGGAGAGUUUGGCUCAGGCAGAGAAAGACAAACAUGAGGCUGCUGCCUUGUCUGAUGAUGAAAGAAGCACCAUUAAUGCCUCAGUAAUAGAGAGUGAACCUUUAAUUGACAUGCAAAUGCCUUUCCCUGAGGAUUCCUUGGUCAUUGAGCCCAGAUGGGACAACCCUGUUGAGACCCAGAUGGAACGAAUCCCUGCUGAUAAAGUCCUAAGUCAAGUAGAUCCACAGGAUGAGGCUGACAGGAAAGAGGGGCGUCUGGCUGUAAUAGCAGAUCACCUUGGUUUCAGCUGGUCAGAAUUGGCUCGAGAGCUUGAAUUCAGUGAGGUACAGAUCAAUCAGAUAAGAAAUGAGAACCCAAAUUCUCUACAAGACCAAAGCCAUGCCCUCAUAAGGCUAUGGAAAGAAAGGGAGGGUAAAAAUGCUACAGCAGAGGCCACUUUGAUGAAGACACUUACAAAAAUAAAUCGUAUGGACAUUGUUCAUCUGAUCGAAACAAAAAUCAUCCAGUCCAGUGAAGACCAAUCAUCACACACCUAUGCAGAAAUUGAGCAAACCAUAUCACUGGAUCAUAGUGAAGGUUUUUCAGCCCUGCAGGAGGACAUGGACAGCCCCUGGCCAGGUCGGCGAACAGAAGUCAGGCAAAAAGGAUCAGAACUUGGUCCUCUGGUGGCAUCUGUUGAGGAUCUCUCCUGCAAUGUACCAUCCCUUGAUGAUACCAAAAAGGAGAGGUUGCUGGCAGACAAAGAGAUGGGUUCAGAGGUGGUCGGAACCUCAACACAUAGUUCUGUUGAUAUGGUUGGACUAAGGCAACAAUUCCCAGGCACUAUCAAAAAAGUAAGUCCCUUCUUUACCCUGUACAAAGCUGUUCCCUGGAAACUGCAGUCUCAUGUUUGCAAAGGUGGUACUAUUUUCAACGAACCUUCAGACAAUACACAUGAAACUUUGAACGAUCGUCUCCAAGAGUUAGGAGCUACUGGGGGUCAGUUGAUCCCAGUAUCCACCCAACAGGAUGAUGAACAGAAUGCCCCAGCUAUUAGUUCAACUGAAGAGUCCAAGCUGAGACAAAGACAGACAACCUUGUCAGAUUUUGGGCACACCCUGUUGGAAUCUGAGAAUGCAGAGCCAGAUUUCAAUGAGUUGUCUGUGGAACUCAAGCAAGAUUCUGAAGAUUAUAUAACCUCACCAGUUUCCAGUGCAAUACAUUUCUUUAAAUCCCCAUCAAAUGAAAAGACCGAAGUUGCAUCUACCUCAUCAAAUAAAUGUGAGGUUUCAAUACCAAAGAAACAAAGUGAGAGUGAGGAGUAUAUUCUGCGCCACGUUGAGGAAGUUUCUGACAGAUUCUAUAGAACCCUUUUUGGUGAAAGUUAUGUCUUACCUGAGCUAUGUGAAAAUAGUGUAAUUGUAGAGACGUAUAGGUUCCCUGAAAAUGAGAUUUCUUCUGUGGAUGAAGGGAAUUGUAACACAACACCUGUCUGUGUACAAGAAUCUUCAGAUCUUUCCAAAGAUAGUUAUGUUAAUCAGUUUGGAAUCACAGAAUUGUCCACUGACAGAGUACAAAGCAUAACUCAAAUAAUUUCUGGUCCUCUUCAACAACAUAGCAUGUCUUUUGCACUUGUAAGUGGAACAGACAUUUCAGAGAAGAUUACCCCUUCUACACUCAAUCAAAUGUCACUUGAUUCAGUAACUAAGCAGCCACAUAUGUUAUCACUUCCAAUAACUGAUUCAGGUUCUUCAGAAGAUAGGGUUGAAAUAGCCAAUCCAAUCACUCUAACCAAACCAAUAGAUGCUGAAUGCACAAAAAUGGAAUAUACCACCUCAAUAUCAGCUGAAGCUGUGGAGUGUAGACCUCUUACACCUGUAUCUUUAACAUUCCCAGUUGAGCUAAGAUCAUUGUCACCAGAUUUAGAGUUUGAAUAUUUUGAUAACUUUGGAAUGAGUUCAUCUGAAUAUAGAUCAUCACCAGAAUCAGUGGAUUCUUUGCCUUUAGACUCACCAGUACCAUUUGAAUAUAAACCGUCUUCACCAGACUCAUUCAUAUUAAUGGCUGAAUUAAGAACAUCUUCACCUGAAUCUGUAACUUCAGUGAAUGACUGGACUCUUCUCUCUGUUGACUCUCCAUUGCCUGAUUUUAGGCCAGCUACGCCUUUGCCAAAUUUUGAAUAUUACACACCUGAAUUCACAAUGCAUGCUGUAGAAUACACAACAUUGCAUGCAACUGGCGAAAAAACGGUUCCUCUUACAGGAUAUACAGAAGAUUCACUUGGAGCAUAUUAUUUGGAGAUGACUGAUGACACAGAAAGACCUAUUUCACCUGGUUCUGUGAUUUUCUGCCAAACAUCAUCUGAAUCAAAUAGAUCUUGGUCUCCUAUGUCCAUCGGUUCUGACAUUUUAGAUAGUGAACACUCAACUGAAAAAAGUUUUGAAAGCUAUACUCCAUCUCCUUAUGGAUUUUUGACUGAAUUAAGACCAUUGUCUCCAGAAUCAACAGUAUCUGUAAAUGAAUAUAGACUACUUCCCCCUGAUUCCCCAGUUCCAUGUUUUGAAACAGAAGUGCAAAAUUGCUAUUUAGCACUCAUGACAGGAUACAGAUCACCAUCACUAAAAUCUGAGCUUUCAGACAUAGACUGUGAUCUGGUAUCAUUAGAGUGUCUAGCUGGAAGUCGCCCAUCAUCCCCUGAAUCAGUUGCAUCUCUCAAUAACCAGAGAUGCCUUUCCCCUGAUUCUCCUCUUCCCAGCUUUACUCAAACAGUGUGGGAAUGUUUCAUGCCCACUAAACUGUAUAGAUCUGAUUCAUUUGAGUCAGGCCUCUCAGAUAAUGAAAACAAACCAAUAUCAGGAGUAUUGCCUGAAACCAGAAUAUCAUCUCCUGAAUCAUUUACAUCGAUAAAUGAACAUAGACCCCUUUCACCUGAUUCACCUGUGCCUGUAUAUAGAACCACAUUAAACUUUAAUGUCAUCCAAUUUGGGAGCCAAAGAGACUUGUCUCCUGAAUUAGACACAUCUGAUUUUAUAUUUUCGCAUUGUGAGCCCUUGAUCUGUGAGCCAAGAUCUCAAUCCCCAGAAUCAUUAAUUUUAGAGCCUGAAUAUGCUCCAUUGUCCAUGGUUGUAAUGGAAAGUGUUACUUUUGAAAGUGAGCCAAUAGAGAAAACAUGCACUCAAAUAUUAGCCACUGAGCCCUCUGAAUCAGUAUACACUGAAGAACAAAGUGUAAGAGAAUUGCCAAAAACAAAAGAUACUUUUAUGUCGAAAGCUAUACUCAGCAAUCGUAUUGCCAAAAUAUUUGAUCCACACUACAAAGGCGGCUCCAAGCUUGUUGUUUUGGACAACACUGGAGAUGCUUCAACAACUUUACAUGGUCAGCAAAUAAUAUACAGAUCCUCACCCCCUGAAUCAGUAGUAUCAGAGACAAAUAUACAGAUCGAUUUAUUUGAUGAGAUGAUGAUUGAUGUUAGAAAGUCCUCAUUGGAGUCAAUCACAUCACUUAAUAGAAACAGACCUCUGUCCCCUGAUUCACCCAUUCCUGAGUUCACAAUGGCCAAACACACAUUUGUCAUGCCAUUUACAGGCUCUCGACCAUCCUCUUCAGAAUCAGUCACUUUGGAUGUUGAAAAUGAAUGGUGGAAAUAUGACCUUCAUCCCGAGGAAAGGUUUGAUUCUCCUCAGUCUGUAAUAUCAGAAAUUGAGAAAAGACCACUGUCUCCUGACUCACCUGUGCCUCAAUUCAUGACAUUAUUCCCUCAGAGUACUUUGCCAGUAACAAGAUCAUGUUCACCUCAGUCACUGUGCUCAGAGAAUACAGAAUAUGAACCUUACCUUGAAGAAUUGCUAACCAUAGAAUAUCGACCAGAUUCCCCUGAUUCAGUUUUAUCAGAUACUGACAAAAGACCACUUUCUCCAGACUCCUUGCCUGAAUGGAGACCGAUGUCACCUGACUCUGAAAUGCUUUUGAAAGACAUUAGAGGGUCUUCUCCACAGUCAAAUGGGUCCAUAAAUGAAUGUAGACCCCUUUCUCCAGAAUCGCCUAUAACACAGUAUUUUCCAGCAGACUUUGAAUCAAUUUCUUUUAAAACCAAUAGGUCCUCAUCCCCUGAAUCUGCAUUAUCAGAAGAGGAAUGGGAAUUAAAUAUUUUCACCCUAGAUUCUUUUCUAAAAUCAACAGAAUCUAUAAAUGAUGAAAGGUUUGAAUUUAGAUCUCUGUCCCCUGAUUCUCCAAUAAAUCAGUAUAAUGCCUUUAUUUUUGAACCAACAAUGAAAUCAAGUUACACAUCACUGUCCCCCGAAUCAAUGCUAUCAGACACAGAUGUACAGAAUGAUUUAUUUGAUAAAAUAGUGACUGAUCUUAGAAGGUCAUCAUCAGAGUCAAUCACAUCACUUAAAGAAAACAGACCUCUGUCCCCUGAUUCACCUAUUCCUGAGUUCACAAUAGCCACACACACAUGUAUCAUGCCAUUUACAGGCUCUCGACCAUCCACUCCAGAAUCAGUCUCUUUGGAUGUUGAAAACGAAUUGUGUCAGUCCACACUUUAUCUAGAGCAAAGAUCUGACUCUCCUCAGUCUAUAAUAUCAGAGAUUGAGAUUAGACCACUGUCCCCUGACUCACCUGUGCCUCAAUUCAUGACAUUAUUCCCACUGAGUACUUUCCCAGUAACAAGACCUAGAUCAUGUUCACCUCAGUCACUGUGCUCAGAGAAUACAGAAUAUGAACCUUGCAUUGAAGAAUUACUAACCAUAGAAUAUCGACCAGAUUCCCCUGAUUCAGUUUUAUCAGAUACUGACAAAAGACCACUUUCUCCAGACUCCUUGCCUGAAUCAAGACCGAUGUCACCUGACUCUGCCAUGCUUUUGAAAGAUAUUAGAGGGUCUUCUCCACAGUCAAAUGGGUCCAUGAAUGAAUGUAGACCCCUUUCUCCAGACUCGCCUGUAACACAGUAUUUUCCAGUAGUCUUUGAAUCAAUUUCUUUUAAAACCAAUAGGUCCUCAUCCCCUGAAUCUACAUUAUCAGAAGAGGAAUGGGAAUUAAAUGUUUUCACCCUAGAUUCUUCUCUAGAUUCAACAGAUUCUACAAAUGAUGAAAGGUUUGAAUUUAGAUCUUUGUCCCCUGAUUCUCCAAUAAAUCAGUAUAAUGCCUUUAUUUUUGAACCAACAAUGGCAUCAAGUUAUAUAUCACUAUCCCCCGAAUCAAUGCUAUCAAACACAGAUGUACAGAACGAUUUAUUUGAUGACAUAGUGACUGAUCUUAGAAGGUCCUCAUCAGAGUCAAUCACAUCACUUAAUGAAAACAGACCUCUAUUCCCUGAUUCACCUAUUCCUGAUUUCACAAUAGCCACCCACACAUUUAGCAUGCCAUUUACAGGCUCUCGACCAUCCACUCCAGAAUCAGUCACUAUGGAUGCUGAAACCGAAUUGUGUCAGUCCGACCUUUAUUCAGAGCAAAGAUCUGACUCUCCUCAGUCUAUAAUAUCAGAGAUUGAGAUUAGACCACUGUCCCCUGACUCACCUGUGCCUCAAUUCAUGACAUUAUUCCCUCAGAGUACUUUACCAGUAACAAGACCUAGAUCAUGUUCACCUCAGUCAUUGUGCUCAGAGAAUACAGAAUAUGAACCUUACCUUGAAGAAUUGCUAACCGUAGAAUAUCGACCAGAUUCCCCUGAUUCAGUUUUAUCAGAUACUGACAAAAGACCACUUUCUCCAGACUCCUUGCCUGAAUGGAGACCGAUGUCACCUGACUCUGAAAUGCUUUUGAAAGACAUUAGAGGGUCUUCUCCACAGUCAAAUGGGUCCAUGAAUGAAUUUAGACCCCUUUCUCCAGACUCGCCUAUAACACAGUUUUUUCCAGCAGUCUUUGAAUCAAUUUCUUUUAAAACCAAUAGUUCCUCAUCCCCUGAAUCUGCAUUAUCUGAAGAGGAAUGGGAAUUAAAUGUUUUCACCCUAGAUUCUUCUCUAGAUUCAAAAGAAUCUAUAAAUGAUGAAAGGUUUGAAUUUAGAUCUCUGUCCCCUGAUUCUCCAAUAAAUCAGUAUAAUGCCUUUAUUUUUGAACCAACAAUGGCAUCAAGUUACACAUCACUGUCCCCCGAAUCAAUGAUAUCAGACACAGAUGUACAGAAUGAUUUAUUUGAUAAAAUAGUGACUGAUCUUAGAAGGUCAUCAUCAGAGUCAAUCACAUCACUUAAAGAAAACAGACCUCUGUCCCCUGAUUCACCUAUUCCUGAGUUCACAAUAGCCACACACACAUGUAUCAUGCCAUUUACAGGCUCUCGACCAUCCACUCCAGAAUCAGUCUCUUUGGAUGUUGAAAACGAAUUGUGUCAGUCCACACUUUAUCUAGAGCAAAGAUCUGACUCUCCUCAGUCUAUAAUAUCAGAGAUUGAGAUUAGACCACUGUCUCCUGACUCACCUGUGCCUCAAUUCAUGACAUUAUUCCCCCAGAGUACUUUACCAAUAACAGGACCUAGGUCAUGUUCACCUCAGUCACUGUGCUCAGAGAAUACAGAAUAUGAAACUUACCUUGAAGAAUUGCUAACCAUAGCAUAUAGACCAGAUUCCCCUGAUUCAGUUUUAUCAGAUACUGACAAAAGACCACUUUCUCCAGACUCCUUGCCUGAAUGGAGACCGAUGUCACCUGACUCUGCCAUGCUUUUGAAAGAUAUUAGAGGGUCUUCUCCACAGUCAAAUGGGUCCAUGAAUGAAUGUAUACCCCUUUCUCCAGACUCACCUAUAACACAGCAUUUUCCAGCAGUCUUUGAAUCAAUUUCUUUUAAAACCAAUAGGUCCUCAUCCCCUGAAUCUACAUUAUCAGAAGAGGAAUGGGAAUUAAAUGUUUUCACCCUAGAUUCUUCUCUAGAUUCAACAGAAUCUAUAAACGAUGAAAGGUUUGAAUUUAGAUCUUUGUCCCCGGACUCUCCAAUAAAUCAGUAUAAUGCCUUUAUUUUUGAACCAACAAUGGCAUCAAGUUAUAUAUCACUAUCCCCCGAAUCAAUGCUAUCAAACACAGAUGUACAGAACGAUUUAUUUGAUGACAUAGUGACUGAUCUUAGAAGGUCCUCAUCAGAGUCAAUCACAUCACUUAAUGAAAACAGACCUCUAUUCCCUGAUUCACCUAUUCCUGAUUUCACAAUAGCCACCCACACAUUUAGCAUGCCAUUUACAGGCUCUCGACCAUCCACUCCAGAAUCAGUCACUAUGGAUGCUGAAACCGAAUUGUGUCAGUCCGACCUUUAUUCAGAGCAAAGAUCUGACUCUCCUCAGUCUAUAAUAUCAGAGAUUGAGAUUAGACCACUGUCCCCUGACUCACCUGUGCCUCAAUUCAUGACAUUAUUCCCUCAGAGUACUUUACCAGUAACAAGACCUAGAUCAUGUUCACCUCAGUCAUUGUGCUCAGAGAAUACAGAAUAUGAACCUUACCUUGAAGAAUUGCUAACCGUAGAAUAUCGACCAGAUUCCCCUGAUUCAGUUUUAUCAGAUACUGACAAAAGACCACUUUCUCCAGACUCCUUGCCUGAAUGGAGACCGAUGUCACCUGACUCUGAAAUGCUUUUGAAAGACAUUAGAGGGUCUUCUCCACAGUCAAAUGGGUCCAUGAAUGAAUUUAGACCCCUUUCUCCAGACUCGCCUAUAACACAGUUUUUUCCAGCAGUCUUUGAAUCAAUUUCUUUUAAAACCAAUAGGUCCUCAUCCCCUGAAUCUACAUUAUCAGAAGAGGAAUGGGAAUUAAAUGUUUUCACCCUAGAUUCUUCUCUAGAUUCAACAGAAUCUAUAAACGAUGAAAGGUUUGAAUUUAGAUCUUUGUCCCCGGACUCUCCAAUAAAUCAGUAUAAUGCCUUUAUUUUUGAACCAACAAUGGCAUCAAGUUAUAUAUCACUAUCCCCCGAAUCAAUGCUAUCAAACACAGAUGUACAGAACGAUUUAUUUGAUGACAUAGUGACUGAUCUUAGAAGGUCCUCAUCAGAGUCAAUCACAUCCCUUAAUGAAAACAGACCUCUAUUCCCUGAUUCACCUAUUCCUGAUUUCACAAUAGCCACCCACACAUUUAGCAUGCCAUUUACAGGCUCUCGACCAUCCACUCCAGAAUCAGUCACUAUGGAUGCUGAAACCGAAUUGUGUCAGUCCGACCUUUAUUCAGAGCAAAGAUCUGACUCUCCUCAGUCUAUAAUAUCAGAGAUUGAGAUUAGACCACUGUCCCCUGACUCACCUGUGCCUCAAUUCAUGACAUUAUUCCCACUGAGUACUUUCCCAGUAACAAGACCUAGAUCAUGUUCACCUCAGUCACUGUGCUCAGAGAAUACAGAAUGUGAACCUUGCAUUGAAGAUUUGGUAGCUGUAGAAUAUCGACCAGAUUCACCUGAUUCAAUUUUAUCAGAUACUGACAAAAGACCACUUUCUCCAGACUCAUUGCCUGAAUGGAGACCGAUGUCACCUGACUCUGCCAUGCUUUUAAAAGACAUUAGAUGGUCUUCUCCACAGUCAGAUUGGUCUAUGAAUGAAUGUAGACCCCUAUCUCCAGAAUCUCCUACACCACAGUAUUUUCCAGCAGUCUUUGAAUCAAUUUUUGUAACAGAUUAUAGGUCCUCAUCCCCUGAAUCUGCAUUAUCAGAAGAUGAAUGGGAAUUAAAUGUUUUCACCAUAGUUUCUUCUCCAGAAUCAACAGAAUCUAUAAAUGACGAAAGACCUGACUUUGGAUCUUUAUCCCCUGAUUCUCCAAUAUUUCAAUAUUGUAACUCUCAUUUCGAACCUACAAUGGUAACAGGUUACACAUCAAUAUCCCCUGAAUCAAUGCUAUUAGGUAAUUAUAUGCAGACCGAUGUAUUUGAUGACUUGGUGAUUGAUCUUAGAAGAUCUUCUUUGGAGUCAAUUGCAUCAACUGAUGAAAACAGCGCAGUCCCCCCCGAUUCACCUUUUCCUGACUUCACAGUAUCCACACAAUCAUUUACCAUUCCAGUGACAGGCUCCUGUUCAACUUCCCCAGAAAUGGACUGUGUGGAUGAUGAAAAUACAUUUGAUCAAACUGACUUUAUUUCAGAACAAAGACCUGACUCUCCCCAGUCUAUAAUAGCAGAAACUGGGGGUAUACCACUUUCCUCUGACUCACCUAUACCUCAGUUCAGUGUGUUAUUCUCUGGGAUUACUUUGCCAGUAUUAGGACGUGGAUCCUGUUCACCUCAAUCGCUGUGCUCAGGGACUACAGAAUUUGAAACUUCUUUUGAGGACCUGUUUAUCAGAGGCUCUUCUCCACAGUCAGUUGCGUCCCUGAAUGAAUGUAGAUGUCCUGACUCACCUAUACCACAUUACUCAGAAUUAUUCAUUGAACAAAGGCCAAUAACAGGACAUGGGUCAUCCUCGCCUGAGUCUAUGACAUCAGAUGUUGGUUAUGACUUAGAGAUUAGUGUAUCAAAAUGUGAGUAUAUGCUUCCUUCAGUGGAUUUAGUAUCAGAGAAUGAACCCACUUCAGGUGAGAUUCAAUCUCAUUUGGCUUAUUUUAGGGCAUCCUCAACAGACUCUGACACCAUAGUUAAUGACUUUAAAUUGCUCUCACCUGACUCACCUGUGCCACAGUAUUUCCCAGCACUAUUUGAAUCAGUUCCAGAUUAUAGGUCUUUAUCAGGUUAUAUGUCCUCAUCCCCUAAAUCUGGACUGUCAGAGGAUGAACUUAAUGUUUUAACCUCAGAAUGUUCACCACAAUUUAUAAAUGAAGGCAGAUCUCUCUCCCCUGAUUCACCUAUACCCAUGCCAGAUUCUCCAAUACUUCAGUAUUAUGCUUCAGACUUUGAACCAACAAUGGUAACAGGAUAUAGGUCAACAUCUAAUCAGACAAUAUUAUCAGAAAUAGAAAUGCAGACAGAUAUAUUUGAUGACUCUCUGAUGGAUCUUAGAACAUCCUCACCAGAAUCAAUGACAUUGGUAACAGCAAACAGAUCACUGUCCCCUGAUUCGCCUAUUCCUGAGUUCACACCAUCCACAUUCACAUUUUUCAUACCAGAAUCAGAUUCUAUAUCAAAUUCCUCAGUCUCUUUGAGUGAUGAAAAUGAAUUAUAUUCAUCAGAUUUUUUUAGAACAGGGCAAAGACCUAACUCUCCUGAAUCAAUAAUAUCAGAAACUGAACCUAGACCAGUUUCCGCUGGCUCACUAAGUGAUUACAGACACCAAUCAGAGUCACCUGAGUCACUUACAUCAGACAUUGACAUUGAACUUUGGGUAAUUGCAUCUCAAGUUACCGAACAGAGACUCUCCUCCCCUGAAUCAAUCAUAUCCUUGAAUGAAAAAAGACCGUUAUCACCAGACUCACCUAUUUAUGACUUUAACUCAUCAGUGUAUGUAAAUUUUGCCACAAAAACCACAUACAGAUCAUCCUCCCUAGAAUCAAUUGUAUCUGAUGUAGAAUCUGACAUGGCAAGCUUUGCAUCUGAGGAUGUUACAUGGACUAAAAAUAGACCUUUAUCUCCUGCGUCAGGUGAAACAUCUCCUGUGGAUCAAUGUCUUUUAGAAAUAAAAAAUAAUCAGACUGAUGAUCAAAGCCAAAAAUUACUUGGCCAAGGGCUAUCCAACAUUGGGACAUAUCUGCCAUUAAACAAAACUUUUAGAAUGGUGUCUCAAUAUAAACUUGUGUACAAAGCUGUUCCCUUAGCAUUAAUCUCCCAUUUGUAUGAUCCUCAAUAUAGAGGUGAAACAUUCUGUCCAAAGCCAGGUGUGUUUGAGUAUGCUGGAUGUAAAAAGAAGGCAAAUAAUGAAUGUGCUGAGCAACAAAAUUAUGACAUUUCCAACCGUGCUAUAUCUUAUAGUGAAAAAUCCUCAACUUUUGAUGCCCAUUCUCUGCAAACACAUCCUCAAACAGAAACAUUUGAUUUAUUUGUAAAAAAUCAAGCAUUAUCCACUGAAUCUUUGUUUUAUUGUACAAGUUUAGAUGCACGUCUAAUGAACUCUUCAGAUAGGAGAGCCACUUCACCAGAAUCAUAUACAUCGAUGUUCUGUCUUGAAACGGAUGUACGAAACCCAUCACCCGAAGCAGCAACAUUAGACACAAAACUAACAGAAACUAUUACUCCAGAACCUUUAGUUUGUGAGAGAUUUUAUCAACCCGAAUCUCCUGAAUCAGUGAUAAUUGAACCUGAAGAUGAGAUUUAUGAGAAUUUGAAUGAUUUGUCAUUUUCUGACAUUGAUGAGAUCAAGGAAAAUUUACCUGUCCUCAAAAAUGAUCCUGCUUUGCUGAAUCUAGUGACAUUUGAACAAUGCAUGGAACAAAUCGAGACUCCAAGUGAAAUAGAGGAGCUUCCGUCUGUUUCUGAAACUAAGAUUGAGCAUUCAUUUGAUGAUGGACUACAACCAAAUGCAUCUCACGAUAUGGCAUCUGAGCAAACACAAAAGGACACACAAAGUGUAACAAAGACAGUUACUUACUGUGAAGAACAGGACAUAUUAACAGCAACAAGUGAAUCUGCGAAUGAAGUAACUAGCAAAAUCCAUAAAAUAGAUGAAAAAGGACACAUGGAAAGUCCACAGCAACAAAAAGAAGAUCUAGGACAUGAUUUACGAAAACUAGCCCCUAAGGAUGACAAAGCAAUGGACAGUGUCUCAGUGGAAAUUAAUUUUGUGCCUCAAGUGAAAGAUUCAAGUCUAAGACAAGGAGAUGCACCAUCAGUUUCAAAAAGUUUAAAUUUAACAGCAUCCUUGAUGACCAGUGAAUCAUCAAAUGAACCAUUUUUAGCCACAUGUGUCUCCAACUUACCUGAGCACAACAUAUCUCAGCCUGUCUUUGAUUUGGAGGCCCACAAAUCCAUUCAUGAUUCAUCACCUGAAGAAACUAAAGCAUUAAGUGGAUUGCAAGAAGUAAAUUCUUUUCAGUUUCAUCUUAAAGACUCUCACAGAAGAGUUGAACUAAAUCGAAUUGAUUCCUCUGCAUUAAGUUUGGGUCUUGAAUCAAGUCAUUAUAAAAAUUUGCCUUCAAGAUCUCUGAAAACACCAUCAACAGGCGCUCCCAUUUUACCUGUAUUUAACUCAUCCUCUUCUGACCAAGGGAAUUCUCCAGAGUCCCAUGAAUUUCUAGGCAAGAGAAUAUCUUGUUCUACAGGGACUGUCCAGCUUUCGUCAGAUUUUAAAUGUGUAGUUUCUAAAUUUGAACAGGCAUCACCAUCUUUAAGUGGUGAUAAUCCUGAAUUAAGUUUAGUUUUUCCUAGAACUUUUACACUGGUAGCUGCUAUGUCACCUUGUACUCUGGAAGUGACUCAGGAGGUGACAGGUGACCAGAUGCAGUUAGAUGCCACUGCAGUUUUAGACUCUCCACUUUACAGUCUUAAUCUUAAAGCCAGGCCAAGACCUGUUCAUGCAGAUAGCAUUGAGUCAGAGGCUGAGUUUUUUGAUUGCAGACAAACGUUUUCUGAUACAUCUGAGCCAGAGGUCGAAUCAUCAGAAAUUGUAGAUGUUCCUCAAACAAUUUACCAUGUUGAGGAACUUCCAUCUUUAUCUGUGAGCCCAGAAUAUCUUACAGGCAUUUCUAAACUUAGAGAGGAAACACAAUUGAAAAAGGAUGAGCGGCCCUUAUCCUGGGCCAGUGAGGACCUACCCAUAGUUCUUGAGCCAGAGGAUGAAUACACUGGUGAGGUUGGUGAGGAGAAGGAUUUCCCUUAUGAUUAUACAGGUGAUCAUUCAUUUGCCGAAGAGCUACCUACAAUAGAGGGAGCAGAAUAUGAUGACGAUGAUGACUCUCUAGGGAGGGAAAUAGCUGAAGAACUAGGUUUGCUGUCUGAUAGUUCAGAGGAGGAGGUGUUGACCACCAGGGUGGUGCGGCGCAGAGUUGUAAUUCAGGGUGACGAGAUGCCUGAAAUCCCUCCUCAGACUGUGACAGAAGAGAAAUACACUGAUGAGUAUGGGAACAUGGUGGUCAAAAAGAUAACAAGGAAAGUCAUCCGUAAGUAUGUGUCAGCUGAUGGAGUAGAGAGAGAGGAAGUGAUGCUGGAGGGUCCACAGCAGGAAGCUGUCACUGUGGAUGAGGCUGACGGUUUCUCUAAAGUUGUGAAGAGGACAGUGGUGCAGAGCGGGGGAGAGCAGACAGAGGUAACGUUCUCUGAACCUGUAUCUUACAUUGGGGUGACAUCUUCUGAGUUCGAGGAAGAGCCUGUCCAAGGUCGGAAGGUUAGCAAAGUCAUCAAAACUAUGGUAGUGCAAGGUGAACGAAUGGAAAAACAAAUUGGAGACCCUAAACUCUCAUCAGAUCUCCCAACAGCCAAAGACGACUUUGAAAAGGCUUUAAGCUAUGUAGGAAGCUUUGGAAAAGUGCAUCUGCCUCAUUUAGUUGAGAGAGAGAUGGUCAAAGAGGAUGGAUCAGUGGUCAGAAGGACCCGGAUGCAUAAGACGCGCACUCAGAAAAGCACAAUAGUGAAGGAUGGCCAAGCCAAACAAACCCAUCUGGAACGACUGGAGGACACCCCCGAUUCCCUGCGACCUGAUGACCUACAGCAGCACCUGCAUCAGCUGCUUCAACGCUACUGUACUCCAGAGGUGACCGAAGAGCCUGAUGUAGGACAAGAUUCAGACAUAGAGCAGGACAAACAAUAACUCCUGCCCUAUGUGUGUUUGGUUGUGGCAGGCAUUUAAUACACAUUUCUGCAUAUUUAUGUCUGUAGCCCUUUCUAAUAACACAAAAUAAUUCUUCACUUGCUUACCAGAUCCCCUUAUAUUAUUUAUUGCUUGAUCUUUUCAUUCAUGGCAAAUAAUGGAAACAUUGUAACCGCAUUAUAGCUGAAUGUGUUUUUUUUCUGAUUUUUCUGAUUUUUUUUUUUUUCUUUUUGUGACCAAAGAUAGUGUUACCUGAAUUGCUGAGUGAUUUGUAUGAAACAUAGAUGUUUUGUGUGUGCGUGUCAUUUUGGUUGCUGUGGUACUGUAGAAGCAGAACUAAACAUAAUAAUAAAAAAAUUAAUAUGGGUCAGUUUGGAUGCUGAGCUCAAGACAUUUGUAAAUAAUGGACUUUGAAAAUGUUUUAAAACACUGUCAUAUAUACUCUUGUGUCUCCUGUAACUGCUGUACAACUGCGUCAAUGGACUGCUGCAAUUAAAAACAUGUCAGAUUACUUGCUUAAAAUCUCACAACAGACCUGAUUAAAUAUCAUCAAAAUAUCUUUGGGGCAUGUGAGUUUGUAACCACAGUUAAUCAAUGCGCAAGCAAUCAGCUAUCUGAUAUAACUUGCUAUGUAUUUAUACUGGCUAUGAUUGAAAUGAUUGAAAGCAACAAAUAAAUAUCAUGCUGUAGACUUUCUUAAUCCCAGAAUGCUUCUGAAAGGUUUUUACACAGAUUACGCGAGAAUUUAUCAGUUUUAAGUUAAAUAAUGCUGUCAUUAUCUACACAUCCAGUUUUUUUUGUGUCAUUGGCCUAUUUGUUUUCACUGUCUAACCUAUGUACAGAAUAUGAGCGUAUUCUCAGAUCCCCUCUGUGACGAUGCAUUUAUGUUUGUUUAUUGAAUUUUUUUAUUUGUUAUUUUUGAAUGAAUGUUACAUUAAUCCCAUUUUCUGUUCUGUGCAGUCUAUUUUUUUAAUAUGACUGAAUUCAACGAUAAUCUGAGUUCCCCUUCAAAACUGUGCUUGUGUGCUUGACUUGUAUCUUCCCUAUUUGUGAUGCUCCUCUAGGUGCUUACAGUAGAACAGGGAGGGAAAGUGAUAAAAAAUUUGCCUGUUUUGUUGAUUUUUUUCCCUCUGCUGUUACAAUGAUGUAAAAUAACAAUAAUAAUAAUAAAAAAAAUGAAACUUUAUUCUCAUCGUUACUUUAUCUUCUAUUAGGAAAAAUAUGACGAAUUCAAGUAAUUUUAUAUUUUUUAUGUUUGGCUGAAUAAAGACAUUUCAUAGGAGACAG